CCCCACCUCCUGCUUCGCCCUCCCCCCUCCCCCCUUCGCCGAGCGUCUGGAGAGGGAAAAGGGAAAGGACGGAAGCGAUCUCUCGGGCCAAGAUCAUGUAGUUGGCAGGGACCCGUUCGCGAGAUCGAGGUCGUUUAUUUUUUGUUUUGGUUUUUCUUUCCCUUCUUUUUGGGUUCUCUUUCUUUUUGUUAAGAGGGAGAGACCAAGAGGAAAGGUAGCGUCAGUGUCAGUGGAGAAGAGGAGGAAGAGCCCCCCCCCCCCCGCCCUCGGCAUCUGGCAGCGUGGAGGGUCUUUAACGUGGGCCGCCCGGAGAUUAGGGUCCCGGAGAAAGCCAAAAAUAAUAGAGACCAGGCAGGACCUUCAGAUUGUGGGGGAUUAUAAAUCUAAACUUUGCGAUCUCGAGGCGGAAGGACCCUGGAAAGAGUCUUUCGGGGCUCGACCUAAUCCCGGCGAGGGCCAGUUGCAGGGUCCCAGGGCCACGCGGAUAGGAACUCCUCUGUCAGUUGACGUGGAGGGCGUGAGCGUCCUUGGACCACCCUCCUCUCAAGGGCGUGACUCUAAGAAUGUCCCUUCUCAGACGGCGACGCAGUAGAAGAUAGCAGCAGUAGGACUCAGUAGCACCCUAACUCUUUCCCGCUGCAGCCAUGGGCGCCCCACACACCGCCUUCCUCAGCACCCCGUCCUCCCCCCCUCUCGAAACACCCGUCGACGCCGCCAUGACCGGAAGCAAAGCCUCGAGGCGGACGGAGCGCGACCGGCCUCGCGCCCCCCGCCAACCCUCCUCCAGGAGGAUCUUCAGAACCCCCUCCUCCGUCGCCCUCCUCCUCUUGAGGGCACCCCAGCCUUCCUUGUGGUGCCUCCUGCAGACGCUCGUCCUGACGGUGUCCUUCCUGCCCGGCGCCAGGUGCUUCGCCGCCUCGUCCUUCGCCACGCCGCGGCUGAGCUCCUACGAGACGUGGGAGCACGAGGCGUGGCUGGAGGACACGGGCGCCUUCGUGGUGCAGUGGAAGCCGCGCGAGGACAGCAUCGAGUUCCGCGUCACCGCCAGGACCAAGGGCUACAUCGGCUUCGGGCUGUCGUCGGCGCCCAGGAUGGACGGCGCGGACAUCGUCGUCGGGUGGGUACACUCCGGCAAAGCCUAUUUACAAGACCGGCAUGGGCGUGGGAACGUUGAGCCCUCCGUGGACGAGCAGAGGGACUGGAUGCUGGUGGGCGGCUAUGAGAACGACACCCACACCGUCCUCAUCAUGUCACGCCCGUACAAUACGUGUGACAAGCAAGACCAUGUUAUUUCGAACGACACCGUGCGACUGCUGUGGGCGUACCACUCCGACGACCCCGUGGACCCCGAGAGCCCCCGCCCGCGCCUGCACUACCACGGCGCCAAGAGGGGCGUGCGCUCCAUGUUCCUGCUGGAGCGGGGCCACCGCGCGCCCUCGCACAGCCGCCACACGCAGGACCUCCCCGGGGGCUUCUCCGCCCACGACGCCGGCCUGCCGCCCUCGCGCUCCCCCGGGCUGCCGCCGCGCUUCAACGCCGCGGGCGGCCACCACCACAGCCACCACCACCACCACAGGGCGCCCCUCACGCGCUCCUGGGUGCUCACCAACAACGGCGUGGAGGUGGACGCCGCCAGCGACACCGUGUACUGGUGCAAGGUGUUCAAGCGGCCGCAGCUCAUCCAGAAGAACCACGUCAUCAGGGUGAGUCUCGGGCCGCCUCGGUCUGCGCCGACGCCGCAUAAGCGACGCCGGGCAACGAGGCGUACCUGCACCAAAGCAUCAUCGGUGUACGAGUGCACGAACAUGGGUCCGUCGCUGGACGUGGCCUUCGAGGCGCUGGCCGACUCCCCGGGCCACGAGUGCUUACCAAGAAACAUGUCGCAGCUGAUCUACACGUGCAACCACGUGGUGGUCGCCCUGGGCGCUAGGGGCCUCACUCUGCCCUCGGAGGCCGGCUACCCGCUCACGCCGACGGGGCCCAAGUUCUACAUGAUGGAGGCCCACUACGACAACCCCGAAGGACACUCCUUCAGGGACUUUUCAGGGAUUCGGAUCAUCUACACGCCCGAGCUCAGGUCCUACGAUGCUGGAGUCCUGAGCGUGGGCCUCGACCCGAACUGGAAGCACCUGAUCCCGCCCCGCCAGAGGACCGUGCUGUCGGAGGGCCACUGCGUCGCCGAGUGCACGCAGGAGGCGCUUCCUAGGACAGGCAUCAACGUCUUCGCGGUGAUCCUCCACACGCACCUCCUCGGCCGCAAAGUCCGCGUGCGACACCUCCGCGACGGCCGCGAGCUCGAGCCCAUCGCGCAGGACAACAACUACGACUUCAACUACCAGGAGUACCGCGCCCUCAACACGCCCAGGACGGUCUUGCCGGGCGACCACCUGAUCGGCGAGUGCACGUACAACAGCCGCGAGCGCUCCACCAUCACCCUGGGGGGCUUCAAGACGCGCGACGAGAUGUGCCUGUCGUUCCUGUUCUACUGGCCGCGGGUCGACCUGUCGCUGUGCCACUCCAAGCCGUCGCUCAACACCGUGCUGCACUCGCUCGGCAUACAGGAGCUGUCGGCUGACUCCGACCCCAUCAAGAUCCGGCGGCCGAUCGAGCUGUCGGGGAAGACGCUGGAGUGGCGGCUCCUCAACUACGACUGGAAGAAUCAGUUCGAGUACUUCCAGGCCGCCACGCACACCGGCACCAUCAACCCCAUGUGCUGGAGGCGGGGCGAGUCGCUGCUGCCGGAGCUGGAGAAGAUGGACUACGACUACCCGAACAUCACGGAGCCGUGGGCGCCCGAGAACGUGUGUCGCCAGCUGAGAAGGAUCUCGCGGCGCCGCAAGAACAAGGGAGGGCGGAGGAGGAACCACCACCCCACCCCCACGGGGGAGACGGAGGAGGACCUGGAGGAGGAGGUCAUGAUCGACGACCAGAUGAACUCCCGCCUGAUCGAGAGCAUCGACGUCGACCCCUACAACCACAGGGACUUCAAUCCCACAUCGAGGACCGCAUUGAGAACGACCACUUCGAGGGCUUCGGCGUCGAGGACACGGGCACCGCGGACCGCGAGCUGA